GCCUUGUGCAGGUUAUUAAUAUUUGGUGCUGAAACUUGAAUUGAGCGGAAGAAAUCAAAACACCUUUAGCUGUGGCGGUUUUGUUUUCUUCUCAAGAGUUGGACGACACAUAACUGAAGAAGAGUUUCUCAAGUGACUGACAUAGUAUCCACAGAAGCAGGCGAGGUAUAUCUGUAUUCUGCAGGAAAACAAUGGCUUUUAUGUUCAAACACAUGAUAGGAGGGCAGCUGAAGGAUCUUACCGGCGGUCUUGGAGAAGAAAAACCAGAAGGAGGAGAAAAGUCAGAAGCUGCAGCGAAGGGAAUGACACAUGAAGAGUUCGAGCAGUAUCAACAACAGUUGGCGGAGGAGAAGAUGGAGCGGGAUACCAGCUUCGCCCAAAAGAAGGCUGAGCGAGCCACAGUCAGGAGCCACUUCAGGGACAAAUAUCGUCUUCCAAAAAGUGAACUGGACGAAACGCAAAUUCAGGCUGCGGCAGAUGACGUGGAGUUGCCCACAGAGCUGGCCAAGAUGAUCGCUGAAGACAACCAGGAGGAGGAGCACAAGCAGUCCGUGCUGGGUCAGCUGACCAACAUCCAGAAUGUAGAUAUUGAUCAGCUAAAAGAAAAGGCCCAGUCCACCAUCGAAGACCUUAAACAGUCUGCUGAAAAGUGUGAGGUCAUGUAAUACACAAGCACCGCAGAGCUGGACUGCUGAUUGGGGGUCAGAUGUUUCCUGAUAUCUAAUAUAGAGAAUGAAUCUGAUCCACAAACAGCAAACAUAUAAUGAGAUCAAUCUCUGAUUCAAGAAAGAUGAGCUCCUACCCAAAGCCAAGCAAUCAUUUAUAAGUGUGUUUGAUGUUGCAAAUUAUGUUUGCUUCACUGUAUAUAUGUUAUGCUUUAUCAUAAUUGUGGCUAAAGGCAAUAAUAAUCAGUUAAGAACUUUCUUGGCUUGUUGUUCUUCAGUGUUUAAAAUGUCAGCAUCCAAAUUAGACAGAAAAUAUUACAAAAUACAGUAUUCCAGUCUGCUAAAUGU